UCUUCUGUAUAUCAAAUGAAAGCAGCAUGUGUCAAAAAUGUAUCAAAAUUUAUACUGUCAAGCAUUUUCUGGUCCAUUUCUCUUCACAACUAAAUUACCAGUUGCCGUUAGCGAGUUACCACUGUGUAUGAAAAUUGGGUGCGCGUAAGCGCAUUCGUAGACAGCCCUAUUCUAGUUGAACGUUCAGUUGGAGCUUGUCAAUUGCUAGGGACAGAAGUGAAAGCAACGCUAGUCACAAAAAUUGGUUCGCGUAUAACCCACAAGGACGUAAUACCCAUCUGACAUGAAUGUGCAAAUGGGUGUUGCGGAUCUGCUAAAGCUGGGCACCAAGCUCAUUGGCCACAAGAUCGUGCAGUACACUCUGGCUACAAAGGUCACGACGGUGCUCGAAACCCAGUAUGGUCGGGUGCGCGGCCUUCAGCGUAAGACCCUCUACGAACAGGAGCUCUACUUUGCCUUCGAAGGCAUACCCUAUGCCAAGCCGCCGUUGGGUGAGCUGCGUUUCCGCGCGCCACAGCCCCCAGAACCCUGGAAGGACGUCAGAGAUUGCACGUAUGGACGCGCAAAGCCCAUGCAACAGCAUUUUGUGAUGCAUGUAGUCGAGGGCUCCGAGGAUUGCCUCUACCUAAAUGUGUACGCAAAGAAACUUAAGUCGGAAAAGCCCCUGCCCGUCAUGGUGUGGAUCUAUGGUGGCGGUUUUCAGAUUGGCGAGGCGACAAGGGAUGUUCACAGUCCAGAUUACUUUAUGCAAAAGGAUGUUAUUCUAGUCACACUUAACUACAGGCUGGGAGCUUUAGGUUUUCUAAGCCUCUCCGACCGGGACUUGGAUGUACCUGGCAAUGCUGGACUCAAGGAUCAGGUAAUGGCCCUGCGUUGGAUACACAACAACAUCGCUAACUUCAACGGUGAUCCAAACAACAUUACACUAAUGGGCAUAAGUGCGGGCGCUGCUUCCACCCAGAUAAUGAUGUGCACAGAACAGACACGAGGUCUCUUCCACAAGGCAAUCCUCAUGUCGGGCUCAUCGCUCUGUGGCUGGGCCCGUGAGCCCCAGUACAAUUGGUCCCAUCGGCUUGCUUGCCAGCUGGGCUAUGUGGGCAGCGACAAUGAGAAGGAAGUGUUUCGGUUUCUACAGCGCGCCUCGGCGAGAGAAAUUACCAGCUGUACAACGCUGCGAAGCCAGGAGGAGUUACGUGAUUAUAUACUGUUUCCAUUUGGACCCGUCAUAGAACCUUAUGUGAGCGCCAACUGUGUGAUCUUCAGGCCACCUGAGGAGAUGCUGUCCCAGGCCUGGGGCAAUGAACUGCCCAUAAUCAUUGGUGGCACUUCGUUCGAGGGCCUCUUCUCCUACCAAUUCGUAAUGCAGGAUGCGGAGCAUCUACUUAGCGCUUUUGAAGCCUUAAUACCCAGAGAGGUGCGUGAUGUGUCCACGCCAGCGGAGCUUAAGGAACACAUUAGACACCUAAAGGUGUCAUCUUUCGACGAUCCCACAAGAGGCCGCAUGGAGUUCAAGGAGUGCUUGCAGUUGCUUUCCAUGAAGCACUUUUGGCAUGGUAUCCAUCGAACUUUACUCGCCCGGCUGGCCUAUGCGCCGACCAAGCCCACCUAUCUGUAUCGCUUCGACUUCGACUCGCCCACCUUCAAUCACUAUCGCAUUAUGGUGUGUGGCCGCCAUGAACGAGGCGUCUCCCAUGCGGAUGACUUCUUCUAUUUAUUUUACUGCAUCCCAGCCUACAAACUGGACAAGUUUUCGCCGGAAUACCUCACUAUCGAGCGUCUGAUUGGCAUGUGGACGGCAUUCGCGACACACAGUGAUCCCAAUCGCGCUCAGGUGUUGCCUGUCUCUUGGGAGGCAGUCGACUCGAACGUUACUCCAAAGUGCCUAAACAUUGGACGACAACUCCAGUUUAUUGAAUUGCCCGAGAUCAAGCAGUUGAAACUCUGGGAUAGCUUCUAUAAGAAACUGAAAUUGUAUUAGGUCAGCGUAAGGUCGUCAGGUUAAUAUUGUGUAAUAUUUGGGUCAUCACAUACGAGGUUUAAGAGGUUUUAGAUAUCGUUGGUUAAAUAAAUA